UGUAGCCGCCGCCGCCGCUGCUGCUGCUGCGCUGACUGAACUAAACUUCCACCAAAUGAAAAAAAAAAAAAAAUGUUUGUGUUUAGGGCUGCUGCCGACAGAGGCCAUUUUAAGUUUGAGCGUUGAAUAUGUUUGCGGAGAUGAUGUGCAGCCACGGACGGUGCAGGACUCGGACGCGUGGAUUAAAAAAAAAAAAAAAAAAAAAAAGCCUUUGCACGGACUUCCACGGCUGCUCUGUCCUCCGUCCCUCCUCCCUCCGCCGUCUCCGCUCUCCCCAUCCCUCUCCGCUCGCUCUCCCCUCCCACCUCUGCUCGCUCGCUAAUUUUUUAUGCAUUUUUCUAAAACUGUCAUGGCGAUUUGGUGUCCUUGGAAAUAAAAAGCGCCAGCGUUUCUCGGGCUUACCGGGGGGGAUGUCUGGCCGGUGUCCGAAGCAGAUGCAGUGAAGGGCUAGAAGAUGAAAAUACACAAGAAGGACAAGCAGCAGAUGUUUAGUGGUCUCCUGAAGCACACUCCACCUCCGGCCCUCGCUGCCAGCUCCGCCUCCUCCUCCCCCUCCUCCUCCGCCUCGGACCAAAACAACCACGACGCACAGCCCACGCAACCUCCGCUACCCACAAUCCCGCGGGGUCACCUGGUCGUGGGCCCCAAAGACCAGCUCCGCCUCCUGACCCCGGUCGGCAGCUCGGCGACGUCCAAUCACCGUACGGCGACCAUCAAAGCGUCCCACCAGGAAGAGGACGAUGACGACAACGGCGGAGGGGGGAGGGUCAAGAAAAAACGCAAGAAAAAAGACAAGCGCGAAAGAAUCGGGGAUGUGGAGGAGGAGCAGAGAGGAAGCAGUAAACCAAAGAAAAGAAAAGAGGAGAAGGAGAGGGGGCCGACCGUGGUGGUGCUGACUCCGAGGAAGACCAAGGAGCCCAAGGAGAGGAAGGAGAGGAAGAGUAAAACCAAGGAUGCUAGAAAGGACAAUGGGACGACGGGGGUUAGGCACGUGAACGCCGUAGGUCCCGGGGCGGCUGUGGCUCCCAUUAAAAUUCCGGGGAAAAGAGGACGCAAACCCAAGAUCAAGAUCCUACCUCCUAUACCUCCGGGGCAAGGUGCCCCAGCUCCUCCCAUCCUCUCCAGCAAAGUCUCCGGACACCACCAGGCUUCCCAGGCCAAGGGCAACGGUCCGGCCCACCACCGCGCUCCCCCCUCCGGCCCCAAACAGCGCGGACGCAAGCCUAAAGCGGCUGGUUCUCUGCCGGUGGAGAAGAAGAAGAAGGGGAAGAGGAGAAAGGAGGAGCUGCUCCUGGAGGCCGUGGAGAGCGAUGACACCACCUCCACGUCCGGCCUCACUGUGGGGGGAGAGGACAGCCAGGACCCUCUGGACAGCAGCAAGCGGCGUUCGGGGCGACAGGUGAAGAGGAGGAAGUACAACGAGGACCUGGACUUUAAGGUGGUGGACGAUGACGGGGAGACCAUUGCGGUGCUGGGGGCGGGGAGGAUCUCUGCUCUCAACGCCACAGCUCUGGCCUGGCAGGCGGAGGAGCCACCCGAGGACGAGGCCAACAUCAUAGAGAAGAUCUUGGCUGUCAGAGCAGUGAAGAAAGAGGCUUCAUCAGAGGACCAAUCAGAGGAGGCGGAGGAGUUCUACGUCAAAUACAGAAACUUUUCGUACCUGCACUGUAAAUGGGCCACUCUGGAGGAGCUGGAGAAAGACCCGAGGAUCCACCAGAAAAUCAAACGCUUCAGGACCAAACAGGCCCAGAUGAAGCACCUCUUCACUGAGCCUGACGAGGAUUUGUUUAAUCCCGACUAUGUGGAGGUGGACCGAGUGCUGGAGGUGGCUGUUACCACGGAUACAGAGACAGGAGAGGAGGUGACACACUACCUGGUGAAGUGGUGCAGUCUGUCCUACGAGGAGGCCACGUGGGAGCUGCAGGAGGAUCUGGACCCAGAGAAGGUCAAAGAGUUCCAGGAGAUCCAGAAGCCCCCCGCAGACCUCAGACACGUGGAGCGCCCCCCUCCAGACAAGUGGCAGAAGUUGGAACGGUCCAGAGAUUACCGUAAUGGGAACCAGCUUCGGGAGUAUCAACUCGAGGGCAUGAACUGGCUCCUCUUCAACUGGUACAACAGGAAAAACUGUAUCCUGGCCGACGAGAUGGGUUUGGGCAAGACCAUUCAGUCCAUCACCUUCUUGUAUGAGAUGUUCAGUCUGGGCAUCAGGGGGCCGUUCCUCAUCAUCGCGCCGCUCUCCACCAUCACCAACUGGGAGAGGGAGUUCAGGACCUGGACCAACAUGAACGUCAUCGUCUACCACGGCUCCCAGAUCAGCCGCCAGAUGAUCCUACAGUACGAGAUGUUCUACAGAGACACACAGGGUAACACGAUCCCCGGCGGUCUGAAGUUCCACGGGCUCAUCACCACCUUUGAGAUGAUCAUGGCCGACUGUCCAGAGCUGAAGAAACUCAACUGGAGAUGUGUGGUCAUCGACGAAGCGCACAGACUCAAGAACAGGAACUGCAAACUCCUGGAGGGGCUCAAACUCAUGAACCUGGAGCACAAAGUUCUGCUGACCGGGACGCCUCUGCAGAACUCUGUGGAGGAGCUCUUCUCUCUGCUGAACUUCUUGGAGCCGCUGCAGUUUCCCUCUGAAAGCGCCUUCUUAGAGGAGUUUGGGGACCUCAAGACCGAAGAACAGGUAAAGAAACUCCAGGCCAUUCUGAAGCCCAUGAUGCUGAGGAGGCUGAAGGACGACGUGGAGAAGAACCUGGCGCCCAAAGAGGAGACCAUUAUCGAGGUGGAGUUGACCAACAUCCAGAAGAAGUAUUACCGAGCCAUUCUAGAGAAGAACUUUUCAUUUCUGUCCAAAGGAGCCAACCAGCACAACAUGCCCAACCUCAUCAACACCAUGAUGGAGCUGCGCAAGUGCUGCAACCACCCGUAUCUCAUCACAGGAGCCGAGGAGAAGAUCUUGGAGAGCUUCCGUAAGAGCCACAGUCCUGACGCUCCGGACUUCCAGCUCCAGGCCAUGAUCCAGGCGGCAGGGAAACUGGUCCUGAUCGACAAGCUGCUGCCCAAGCUGCUGUCAGGAGGCCACAAGGUCCUGGUCUUCAGCCAGAUGGUGCGCUGCCUGGACAUCCUGGAGGACUACCUCAUACAGAGACGUUACACAUACGAGCGCAUCGACGGCCGUGUGAGGGGGAACCUGCGUCAGGCCGCCAUAGACCGGUUCUGUAAACCCGACUCAGACCGGUUCGUGUUCCUGUUGUGCACCAGAGCUGGAGGUCUGGGGAUAAACCUGACGGCCGCAGACACCUGCAUCAUCUUUGACUCUGACUGGAACCCACAGAACGACCUGCAGGCCCAGGCGCGCUGUCACCGGAUCGGUCAGAGUAAAGCGGUGAAAGUUUACCGCCUCAUCACCAGAAACUCUUAUGAGAGAGAGAUGUUUGACAAGGCCAGCCUCAAACUGGGGCUGGACAAGGCCGUGCUCCAGGACAUCAACCGAAAAGGAAGCCUCAACGGGGUGGCGCAGUUGUCCAAGCUGGAGGUGGAGGACCUGCUGAAGAAGGGGGCGUACGGAGCUCUGAUGGACGAGGAGGAUGAAGGCUCCAAGUUCUGCGAGGAGGACAUCGACCAGAUCCUUCAGAGGAGAACCCAGACCAUCACCAUCCAGUCUGAGGGAAAAGGCUCCACUUUCGCCAAGGCCAGUUUCGUGUCGUCUGGAAACAGGACGGACAUUUCUCUGGACGACCCGAACUUCUGGCAGAAAUGGGCCAAGAUCGCCGAGGUUGAGAUCGACUCCAGGUCUGAGAAGGAGUCGCUGGUGAUUGACACUCCGCGGAGGAAGCAGACCCGUCACUACAACUCCUUCGAGGACGAUGAGCUGAUGGAGUUCUCGGAGCUGGACAGUGACAGCGAGGAAAGGCCGUGUAGGACCAGGAGGCUGGGGGAGCGGGGCCGCAGGUACCUGAGGGCCGAGUGCUUCAGAGUGGAGAAGAACCUGCUCAUAUUCGGCUGGGGUCGGUGGAAGGACAUCCUGAACCACGGGCGAUUCAAAUGGCAUCUUGCAGAGAGAGACAUGGAGGUGAUCUGCCGGGCUCUGCUGGUUUACUGCCUCAGACACUACAAAGGAGACGACAAGAUCAAGAGCUUCAUCUGGGACCUGAUCGCUCCCACCAAAGAUGGACAAGAGGAUCAGACCCUGCUCAACCACUCUGGUUUGGCGGCACCGGUUCCUCGUGGCAGGAAGGGGAAGAAGCUGAAGAGCCAGGGGGGAGCGGAGGUGGAGAACGCAGACUGGCUGUCCCACUGUAACCCUGAGCUGGUGCUGCAGGACGAGAGCUACAAGAAGCACCUCAAACAGCACUGCAACAAGGUGCUGUUGAGGGUGCGGAUGCUGUACUACCUGAAGGUGGAGGUUUUGGGAGACGUGGCCACUCAGGCUCUGGAGGGGGUUCCUGCCAGUAAACUGGAGGUCACUCUCCCGGACAUCGACUACAUUGAGAUUCCUGCGUCGUGGUGGGACGUCGACGCCGACAAGUCUCUGCUCAUAGGAGUACAUAAACAUGGUUAUGAGCGUUACAAUGCGAUGCGAGCCGACCCUGAGCUGUGCUUCCUGGAGCGGGUGGGGAUGCCUGACGUCACUGCUCUGUCGGCUGAACAGGGAGGAGCAGAGGCCAGUACAGACGCUACAGACAGUGCUAAAGCAGAGGAGACGAAGGAGGAAGCCGAGAGCAAACCUGAUGGAGGAGAGGAACGCGAGGAGAACGGAAAGGGAGGAGAGGAGACCUGCUCCAGUACGGAUACCUCGGACAAACCUGACAGCACAGCCCCAGAACCUCCUCCUGUUCCAGACUCUCAGACCCCACUCUCCUUGGACCUCACUGCUCAGGACGCCACUCUUGUUACCACGACGACCACGGGGACCGGGAUGGGCGUGGCCGCUCUCCAGCUGGUGCAGACACGCCCCCUCUGGCCCACUGGCCCCGCCCUCACGGCCCGUCUGAGGCGCCUGAUCACGGCCUACCAAAGGUUCACCCUGCGCCGGGAGCCGAUGCUGCGCCACGACUUCCUGCUGCAUGAUGGACUGGUCGCCAUGGGGAUCGGAGGAGGGGCGGGGCAUCACGGGCCGUUGGCGUGGCAACUGGGAGAGGAGCUGCGGAGGUGUACGGUGGUGCCAACGGAAGCCGAUCCGCUGUUCCUAGAGUGGCAGAGAAGGUGGACACGCCGGGAGCAGGCAGACUUCUACAGGACCGUCUCUUCGUUCGGGGUGGUGUUUGACCCAGAGAGGAAGGUCUACGACUGGUCCCAGUUCAGAGCUCUGGCCCGACUGGAGCGUAAGACCGAUGAGAGUCUGGAGAGAUACUUCAACUCCUUUGUGAACAUGUGUAGGACUGCCUGCAAACUGCCCCCCAGGAAGGAAGAAGGUUUAGUUGAUCCUGCGUUGGUUGUGGAGCCUCUGACGGAAGAGAGAGCUGCAAGGACGUUAUACCGAAUUGAACUGCUACGAAAGAUCCGAGAGCAGGUUCUUCGACACCCCCUCCUUUCUGCCCGCCUCCAGCUGUGUCGUCCCUCCCUGUACCUGCCCGUGUGGUGGGAGUCCGGCAAACACGACCGGGACCUCCUGCUCGGGGCGGCCAGGCACGGUCUCAGCCGCACAGACUUCUACAUCCUCAACGACCCCCAGCUCAGCUUCCUCGAGGCCCACCGCAACUACGUCCGAGGCCACCCGACCAACCCGCACCACCCCGGGCUCGCCACUCACCCGGGCAUGCCCCAGUCCGCCGCCCAGAUGCCCCACUGCUGCAUGUACGACUCUGGUAUCCAACCUCCAGACUACCACUCGGCGCACCAGCAAACCCAGCAUCACCCGAUAGUGCCUUCUCCAGCUCCGCAGCUCGACCCCCACGACCCCGCGCCCUCGAGCCUGGGGAUGGUGCCUGGGACGCGGGCGGCAGACUUCAUGGACUGCCCUCCCCUGGAUGAGUCUCUGGAGCUCAGUUCGUUGCAGCACGAUACAGACGGUUUGCACGGAGGGAAAGGGUCCAAAGACGCUCUGAAUGGGUUCCCCUUUAAUUCGGCGGCCGGCGGGCAGAGCAUGCUGAACUCGUACGGAGUGGGCGGGGCGGAUCUGGACUCGAAGCUGAGGAGCGACGUGCUGGUCGGGGAGCAGGGGUCGUCAGAGGAGAGCGGACUCAUGGCUCCUUCUGUAGAGCUCAACCAGAUACAGGCUCCUUGGGACAGCACCGAGACCUCCAGCCCGGCCCACCACAUGUUCAACGAGUCCGACCCGAUCCUGGGCCCGUCCGGUCUGGAGCCGGGGUUCCUGGAGGAGGACGAGGAGGACACGAGGGGGGCAGACCGAGGCGAGGAGGGGGGAACGCUGGAGGAGUGUUUGGGCCUGCCCCCCUCUGCCUCCCCCUCUCACCCCUCUGCUGGAGACGCAUCCACCUACAUGCUCUUUAAGGACAUUGGUGUCACCGAGGAACCCAGCGCCGACCAAACCGACCUAUCAGCGAGCCCGCCUCCGCCUUACGUCCCGCCCCCUCCGCUGUCUCUCUCUGACAUCACUGACCACGAGCCACAGGAUAGGCUGGACCAGAGUGAUGUCACAGAGAGCCUGACCAAUCCCGUGGAGGAGGAGGAGGAGGAGGGACAAGACGGAGGCACGGGGUUCGAGUUUGACAAGAAAGACGACGAGGAAAUGCAAAGAGAUGCUGAGAGUAAGGAUGUGGAAGCUGACCCAGUUACAGACCCGGAUGUGAUGAUGGACGUAUCCAACUCACUCUCCGAGGACCUUCAGGGCACCUAUGGCGAAACAGUGGACCCCUUUAUGGGCAAGCUGGACCAGGACAGCUCCCUGGCCUGCUCCGAGUCCCUGGGCGAACCUGGAGAAGACGUGGACCAAAUCAUGCUGUACCAACCCAUGGAGACCGGAAACCCACUCAAUGAAGACGUGCUGAUGGACAACGCCACGGAUGACUUUUUAGAACCAAAUCUCAAAGAGGAAUGUGCGAUGCAAAACGCAGAGUUAGCCAAUGACGUCGACGCUAUUUCAGAAGGCCAAGCAGAUCCGGUAUCGCUAAUGGAAGUUCCAAUGUUGCAGCCAGAUGAAGAAAUUGGAGAAAAGGUUGUUCAAGUCACUGAAUCAGACUUGGAAGAAAAUUCUGUAGCCGACAUCGCACCAACUCAUGACAAAAUCGAAGUCAAAAGCGAAGUAUCCAUUGACGAAGAUGAAAAAAAUAAUUUCGAAAAUGAAAUCAAGCCAGAUCCUACCCUUUUCCAAAACAGUUCUGAUUUUUCGAACUUUUUAGCAAAUGAGGACGUCGAGAAGAAGCCGGAAGAACUGCCGAUCAAAAUGGAGGACGCCAAGCAAGAAGACGUGUUCGCGAGCUACGACGACGCCAUGGAAACGAAACCUCUAGCAUGUGCCGUGAAAUCCGAAAUGUCCACCAAAGUUGAGCAGUUAGACUUUCAAAUCAAGGAUGAAGACGCCAAACCGGAAAAUUUGAGUUUGAAACAAGAAAGUAUGGACAGCAAGGCGAAUGUUUUCCAGCUUGCUUACUCCGAUGAAGUUAAGAGCGAAAUCAAGCCACUGGAAUUGCAAUCCUCAUUCCCCGAUCUCAAGACUGAAGCAAAACCGGAAGAUUUGUCGACCUUCGCGGAUGUUAAAUCGGAAUUGAAAACAGAGGGGCUGGAGCUGACCGCGUGUCCAGAUAGCACGGAGGUUAAAGCCGAAAGCAGGGAUGAGGGGUUGGAGAUGAUUAAAGGGGAGGCCAAGCAGGAGCUACUGGAAGCGGACAGUACAGUGAUGACCCCGAGGAUGGAGCAGGCUGGAGGGGUGAACGAAGCACCUGAAAACCUCUGCAAGAGUCAAGUGAAAGAGGAACGGUCCAAUACGCCAGCCCCUGUGCUGGAGGGCUACAGUGGCAGUCCUCGCUUUGCCACCCCAAUGUCCAUGUGUGACAUCCCAGACAGCCUGCACGACUCCCGGGAGAGAGAGCCCACCAUCGCCCAACUGCUCCAGGAGAAAGCCCUCUACUCCUUCUCUGAGUGGCCCAAGGACCGUGUGAUCAUAAACCGGCUGGACUCUGUGUGCCAUGCCAUCCUCAAGGGCAAGUGGCCCUCCUCCAACGAGCAGUACGACUCUCCCGGGGUGCUGGCCGCAAACUCCUGCCUGGCGAACAGCUUAGCGCAGCACCAUCAGCAGCAGCAGCAGAGGGCUGGGUUCCUCUCCACCUCUCCAGUCUCUGUACCAGGACAGGCCCGGGUCCAACCCCCACCCUCGGGACUCAGCUUCCCCCUGCCCCCUCCCCUCACCAGGCUGCCCAAGUUUGUGUCGCGGGGCGGGGCAGUCGGGAGGGGCGGAGCUUGGCGCCUCACCUCGUUGCCUCUGUUGCAGGAGAGGCUGGUGGCUCCUCCCUAUCUGCCCGAGCUCAAGCGAGGGGGAGGGCGCCGCCCCUUUGACUACGAAGCUGCAGCUAAAGCACUAACUGGUAAGAUGACGCCCAACUCCACCAGUGAGAAACCAGGAAGUAUAGUAGCUCCGCCCUCGCACCGCACGCCGCCAAUGUUGAUCAACGGCUGGCAGGAGACAGCCAUGGACUUGACGAAGCCCUCGGGAGGUGACCAGGAAGAAGGAGGAGGGGCCAAAAAGCUAGCCCCGCCCCCCAUCUCUGCACCGUUGCCAGGACUGGACAUGGCGGGCAUCCUGCAGGCCGGCCUCAUUCACCCGGUCACAGGGCAGAUAGUGAACGGCAGCCUGCGCUCUGAUGACGCUCUGAGGAGGAGGAGGGGCAGGAGGAGGAACGUGGAGGCGCUGUACUCUGAGUUCACCAAAGGCAGAGGCCUGACCCCAGAGGCACAGGCUCGCGUAGAAGCCAUCAGCCACUCCGCCGUCUCCUCCUCCACCUCCUCUCCCUCCCCCUCUCCGUCGGAUCGCCCAGCUGGUCCCCCCACGCCCUCCUCCUCCUCCACCCCCACCCCGCCAGCUCAGACCCCCCCACAGCCCGAGAUCGUGGCCAUAGACCGGGAGGCCGCCAGCAAAGGCCUGAUCGAGUGGCUCAGACAGAACCCUGGAUACAGCAUGGACCUGCCAGCUUUCGCCCAUACUCCAGGGGCCAGUGUCCUGCACGGUUUCAUCGAGCGUCCCAAACAGAGGAGGCACCGCUGUAAAGACCCCACCAAACUGGACGUGAACUCUCUGACCGGAGAGGAGAGGGUCCCCGUGGUCCACCGCGGCACAGGGCGAAGGCUAGGGGGUGCUAUGGCUCCAGCGAUAAAGGAGCUGUCCCGGUGGCUGGACGCUAACUCUGAGUACUUUGUGGCUCCGGAUUGGGCAGAUGUGGUCAAACAUUCUGGGUAUCUACCUGAGGGGAAGUUCUCUCGUAUCCUGACUGAACCAGUGAACCGGGACGCAGCCAGACGCAGAGGCCGUCGCCCCCGCAGCGAGAUGCCCAAGCCGCUGCUCUCCGUGUCGGACGCCUCCCCCACCACGCUGGGCCCGCCGAUAUUCAUGAACGGAGGUCUGAUCGGCAGCGUGGACACUAUGGUGGCUAUGCAAAACCUGCGCGGAGCUACUAUCCCCGGGUUACCUAUCUCGGGCAUCAUGGCGGCCGGCUUUCCUCACGGCUUCCCUGGGACUUCUUCAUCACCAGAAGACGCUAAAAAUGGCUUGAGCAUGCUGCCGAUGAUGCUACACGGUAUACCACAUGGAGCCACUAUACCGCAACAUGCUAUGCUAAGCGUUGGCAUGAUGACGCACGCUCCUCCGCCAGCUAAAGCCACUCAGUCCGAAUCGGCCAGCCCUACUUCGUCAACUACAGAGAAGGAAUCGUCUUCAGCUGUGGCGGAAAAGGAUACAAGCAAAGAUGAAUCCGGAGAAGGAAGUCAAAAAGCUACAACAACCACGGCGGCUGCGAUCGUGGAGCAGGCCGCGAUUAUCACCUCAACCAGUAGGGGGCACAUCGGAGCGGCGCACAUCGGAACAAGCGCGAGUAGCCAUCUUACGUUUAACCCUUUCCUAAUACCGGGAAUGUCGCACGGUUUGCUGUACCCGCACAUGUUCCUGCCACACGGGGGCAUCAUGACGCUACCGGCUAUGCCCCCCGGAGCGGUGGACGGGUCCCCAGGAAGCCCGAAAAGGAGGCGCAAGAAAGAGGAGGAGAAAGGAGAUGACGCAAAGGAACUCAAAGCCGGCGGUAGCUCGCAGCCGGUUAGCCAGACACCGCCUCCUCCCCCUCCGCUAGCGAGCUCCUCCGCGAAAGACGCGAGCGAAAGUGUUGAAACGCAGGGGGCGCCGGAGAGCCAAGACUUGCAAGCGCGCGCGGCAGAGGAGGCGACGUCGGAAGAAGACAGAAAGCAGGAAGUGGUAGAGGAGCAGAGACAAGCAAACGGAGAGGAAGGCUAAAAAUAUCCAAUCUACUUUCUUGUAAAAUUUGUGCUGUGUCUGUCAGUUAAUGUCCAUGUAAAGAUUUUUUCAAUAUGGCAGUUCAACGAUGAUAAUGUCUUACUCGGUCAUGUUUAUAAAGCCACCUCUCUCACCACUUCUUCUCCUUGUAUACAGAUACUAGUGCAAGAGACAGAAAUACAACAUCAAUGUAUUCUUCCCAUUCUGCGUCAACUAAAUCAGAUCAGGACAGAAGGAAAAUACCGCGACCAAGACGGCGGCAGUGACGUAAACAUUGUACUCUAAGUGAACUCUUGUCUAUUGGACGUUAAGGACUUUGAAAAACACAUUUCACCACAUCCUGAGAUUUUUUUAGUUUGUCAGUCCAUUUAUUUGAUUUCCCGGGCACACUCCAAUGUUUCAACCAAGUGCAAUGUCGUAUAGUGAAGAGAAAGCAGAACCAGCAUUCCUAUAAAGACUGUGGAAUAUAUUGUUAGUUAUUGUUAUUGGUGAAAAUGAUGAAAACUCGAAAUGCAUUGUAAACAGUGUAGGUUGCUCCCUAUUGCAGUAAUUUUGACUUGAAUGUCAAACACACCAAGAUAAAUAAUAAUCUAAUAAGUAAUAGUUAAGGUAGAAUAUGUGUUGUCUUCAGUAAAUGCUAUUUUUCUCAACUUAAAACCAGCAACAUUCAUCAGCCCCAACCUCCUUCUUAAUCAUAUUAUAACAAUGACAUUAAAAAAAAAAAAAAAAGUUGCACGUUAUUGCUGCGCGCUUCACAUUAAUUAAAGACGGGGUAUUAUGCUCAACUUUUCUGAGCUUUCUACCAUGUUAUAACGUUGUUCCCUCAUCAGAAACAUGCCUGAAGUGGUUUUAUUUGUCAAUUAUGCAUGUUUGAGUAAUCUAGCGAUCUCUCCUGGACACUAUUUGAACUCUUUUUACGGUUAGGAGUAUGAUUUUGUUCGAUUCUCAGCCCAUAAGCGUACAUCACCCAUGCUUCCACGCAACAAUUUUCCAUAAAUGAACAAAAGCAGGAUAGAAAACAAUACACUACGACUUCACAAACCUGGUGCGAUGUGUGGAAGUUUCAUUGGCGGGAUGCAUGGUGAUUGAGUUCGCUCUGAAGGGGGAGGACAAAAGGAGGGGACUCAAAAACGAAGCAUCAAAAACGAAAAUGAAACUUUUUAAACAUGUUUUCAGCGAGUAUAGCAUUUUCAAAACAAUAAAAGGUAACAUGGUGAUCAAAAUAUGUAAUUAAUACCCCAGAGAAGUGUAAUACCCCUUCUUUAAACAUAUAAUUACCUCUGCGAUCUAGUUACAAAUGAAAAUCUGCAUUUCUUAUCCUCAUAUCAUUUACUGAAGAUGACACAUUAACCGUCCUAGUACCUUACUAUUACUGCGCAAAUGUUUUAUUUUUUAGCGAGAUAGUAUUAGUUAGCUACACCAAAACCUAAAAGGUCUUUUAUUAUUUGAAUUGCACAUGGUUAUGGUAUGGCAAUAAUUGCUAUUUACCAUAAGAACAAAAUGGAUCAUGUACCAACUGUUCUUUUUAAAUUUGCUUUUAGUAAUUUGGAGCAAAGAACAAUCAUGAGAUUAAUUAAACAUUUUGAAUCAUGCUUUUAGUUUUUUAGCUUAAAGGUGGAUUGUGUAACGUUUCUGGUGGAGGGAUGUUAUUGCUUGGUCUGGAAUGUUUCACAGUAUGGCUUUAAACGUUUCUAUCUUCAUGGAGAAAAACCAGACCAAGUUACAGGUCAGAUCUGUGGAGAGGCGACCCACUCACAGUAACAAUUUCGGUUUUUCAAGGUAUUUUUGAGCUAUAAAACCAGCUGUAAUUGAAUAGAGUUGUUUAAUAUCAUACUGCGGAACAUUCCAGGCAGAGCAGUGACAUAUCCAUAGAAACACGGAGGUAACAGACCCCCUACCAAAAAGUUACGCAGUGCACCUUUAAAACACAAGUCACUUUGCUUAUAGAAAUUACUAGGAUUUAAAAUAUCUAGGUUUCUCCACCAGAUGGCAGUAUAUGACAGAGUUCAGACUGUCUAACUUGAUCCAGUAUUUGCCCCCCGAGUUUUAAAAUUGCCCCUAAACAAUUUCUGCACAAUGUUUGCAACUUGUAGCAUCAAAGUCCUUUUUAGCAUAGCGCUGUCCUGUGCACUUUCAUUGUUCUAAGUAUGUUUAUGUGUUAAUAAUGAAAGGGAAUAGACCAGGAAGAAGAGGGAUCCACAUUUGGACUGAGUGCCUCAUAUUGUCUCAUUACGUUACAUCGACUGUCACGCUACAACUUUAAAAUGUGUAAAUCUGUCGCUGUACAUUGCUAUUUUUAUUUUGCAUCGUAUAUAAUUUCUCUUUUUUGCCUUUAUUCUUCAGUGGGGAAAAAAAUACUUGACUUUCCUUACAGUACUGUGCAAAAGUCAUUGGCAAAAAAGUCGCACUGAGUGUCUGGUUUUAUCUCGAAAUAGUUAAUUUAAUGUGUAUGGACCUAGACUGCAUAUCAAAUAAUCUAUUUCGGGGUAAAUGCUUUCGUUAGCCUCAAAACUGAUAAGAAAAUUGUACAAACAUGCAAAGAAAUUUAUAUAUUUUUAAAUGGCUAGUAAUUACAGAUGUUUCAUUAUUUCAGCCUUUUUAAAAAGAUAUUUGGGAACCUUUACAUUGAUAAUUUACCUCAUAUUAUUUAAGUAUGGCACAGUAUUGCCCUCUGCUGGUAACACUAGGAAGUGGAACAUUUUUAAAUUGCUUAUUAGCAGCACAGCAAUUUGCAACGUGGUGCAAACUGUUACCAGGGUUCCCACGCUUAUGGACAUCCUGGAAAAGUCAUGGAAAUUGAAAAUUUCAGUUUACAGACCUGGAGAAGUUAUAGAAUUUUGUAAAUUCAAUGAAAUUUUGGAAAAGUCAUGGAUUUUUUUUAGUAUCUCUUUCAUGCAACUACAGCGUUCUGUUAAGUUAUCAUUAGACUGUUAUGAUUAUUUCAAAACGUAUGCACUUUUUGUUUAAAAGAGACGACAAUAAAUGCGUUGACAGUACGGAUGUAACAAUAACCAAAACAUUGUGAUAUCGUAUCGUCAAAGUUCUCACAAUAAUAUCGUGGACCUUCACAAUAUAUCGAAUUACAAGUCUUUUUGCUUAAAUUAAGAGUUGUGCAGCAACAGCUAAAAAAAAGACAGAGGGAACUACAUAGACCAUGAUCCUUUGCUCCAUUUCAGUGUAGACUACAAGAAGAAACACAAAACACUUUUAAGUCUUAGCUCCUUGGAUUAAGUCUUGUGAAGGCAUUUUAAGAGGAAAAAGAAUCCUAUUAAAUUUUGUUAGCCUCCACAAAAUAUUGCAGUAAAUAUCGUACCAUGAGAUGUAUAUUGUAAAAAUAUCAUACUGAGAGGUUUGGAUAUUGUUACAUCUCUAAUCAUGAGCCUCCCCACUAUAUCGUGAGCUUUCCCACGAUAUCUCAAUAAAUAUCGUACGAUAUUACGACUUGGAUAUCGUUACACCCCUAGUUGACAGUAUUUUGAAUUUUAAAAAACUAUAAUACCAAACCAUAAGGUGAGUGGAAAGGGUUAACAUUUCAUAUUUAGCCCUAAAGGUAUGAUCAAUUCUCCUCAAGUAGGUGCCGUAAAGUCAUGAAAAAUUCACUUUGGGUCAUGAAAAAGUCAUGGAAAAGUUUUGAAAUUUUGUCAGCGUAAAAGAAAGUGGGAACCCUGCGUUACUUGAGUUAUAGUGAAGUGAAAACGUUAAUCUCUCUUUCAGUAUGUGCCGACAUCAAGCUUGGGAGGUAACGUCCAAAAAAGGAGCGUUACCAUGGAGAUCUGCCAUAUUUCUAGCAAUGGAGCGAAACGUGCUUAAACAAAACAUUAAAAAACGUAAUGAAAAAAAAUAAAUAAUAAAUAAAAAGAAAUGAAAUCAUAGUGGAACAAUAAAAUCUUCCACAAAAUAACCGAAGCUAAGCAGCUAACCGCUAACGUGCGACCUCAUAACCCCGACCUCCUGAUACGUUUUCAUGCUAACAAGCUAGCGUAGCAUUACCAUACAAAACAUUUCCAUUCCCAACUAUGUACGUACAUUUGGUUUAACACUAGGCUAACUGAAAAUCCCAAUGAUGUGUGACGUCACAAUCCCGAGCUCUUAUUACCUCCUGAUAUGUUUACAUGCUAGCUCGUUAGCUUAGCAUUAGCAUACAUAGCAUUUCCACUCCCGUGUGUUACUUUUGCACAGUAUUGUACAAUGAGGAGCUACUUGUUGUAUCAAAGACAAAGUACUGUACAUUGAUGCAGGUUGUAUCAUCUUUGCAUCAUGUGUUUAUAACAGGGUGUACCGUGAGGGUAAAAAUAAUGGACUUUUUCAUGUUUGCUAACUGAAACUUUUUUGCACAGCGUCUUGAUUGUGAAUGUUUUAGGUUUGUAUAUCAUGUGGGAUGGUGUGACCUUGCAUGCGCACACUCAUUUUUUUUUUUUUUUUUUAAUUUCAGCCUCGUCCUCACAUGAUAAAAACAAAAUGUGGCCUUGUUACAGACAUAGACAGAACAAAAUGGUGGACCAAAGGAUUGUGUAAAAAGUGUGUAACUGCUAUUGAUUUGUAAUUGAUAUUAUGUUUAGAAAUCUGUGACCAACUUUUUAUCGACUCAAAAAUGGCCCUUCUGUACACUAUAAUGCAAUUUUCAGAGCGCAAAAUGACCAUGAGCAAAAUUAUAUAGGCCUCAGUACAAUCAGCAAGUUCAUAAAGAAAACUUGGCAGUUUACCCUUGUUUAUCCUAAAAUCUGACAAUAAAAUAUUUCCCCACAUAAAAAAUAUUAAAGCUGCGUUUAGACUGCGCCGUCAAAAAAACGCCUUUAGUUGAAUGCCUUUGCAUUUGAGUUCAGACGUCCCCUGACUCGCAUCUUGGACGCCAUGGAUGCACGGGAGUAUAAUAUUUGACACGCAUCCUGGGCUUCCUCUGUGGUCUGCGAGUGCCUUGUUUUCCCGGUCGAGAGUAUGGCUUUAGUGUAUUUAUUACAUAAAAAUAUAUUACAUAAAACCAGAGGCGAUUGGCUUGGCAGUUGCGGCGUGUACAUAUUUAUACUUUGCUAAUGACACGGCAGAUUUCUUGUUAAGGUGUCUGUGGCUCCCAGGUCUUUCUCUUUCUUCUCCCUCUUCCAGAUAAUAACAUCACUACGCCACUGGAUAGUCGUCCCUGAUUGGUUGAAGAGGUGCGUCCAACGCCAAAAGUUCAGAUUUUUCAACAUCUGACACCUGAACACUCAAGAAGCACUGAGUCAAUGCCAGAUUCUUGACGCACUGACGCCUUUAAACACGCCGCAAAAACGCAGGACACUUUAGGCGCACGUCCACAUAGACUUUGCAUGUAAACUGGACGCCUUGAAGCCCCGGUCUGAACCAUAGAACUAUAAUAAAAUCUGGAAGAUGAAUCCAAGAUGGCGCCAUAUUUUUAUCAGUGGCCUGUGCUUAAUGGUGCAUGGGCCCAAAAAAAUGUUUCACUUCAUACAGUGUGGAGCAUUUGGACCAAUCAGUGAGAGCUGCUAGAGCGGAGCUAAUGCGGACUAAAUUUUACAAAGCUACAUUUUAGGCGCUUUGAGGAUUCAAUGUUUUUUUUUUUUGUAAGAUUAUGUUGUGAAAAUGGAAAAGGAUCCCUACAAAAGCCGACACAGGCAGGUUGAAUUCCCAAAAAAUGCAUCGCUCUUCUAUGGGAGAAUCUUUCUGGGCCCAAGCUCCUGGGAGCAGCCGGUAGACCGUCUCGAGCCGGAAAAAAGGGGGAACACCUUACCCAGUUUUUAUUAUAGAUCCGUGAUCUGAAUGCAGCUUUACAUGUACGUCAUUUGUAAACUAGCAACUUUUACCGGUAUCGCCUAGGUUGAUUCAGAGAUUUCUAUUUCGCAUCUUUAGUGAAGAAUCAGCAUACAAAUGUGUUUUAUUUCCCCUAAUAUUAUCAAAUUAAAAGGUGCACCAUGCAGCUUUUCUGAUUAAGCGUACGCCACCCUCUUGUCUUCAUGGAGAUGUUAUUGCUUUGCCUGGAAUGUUCCACAGCAUGGCAUUAUCUUACAUUAUCAUUAUCUUUUAUCUGUCAUUGCAUUGAGCAUUGAGGGUUCUUACUAUGAGCAGGAUCACCUCUCCACAGAUCUGACCUUCAUGGAGAUAGAUUGGCCUUAUUCCAUACUGUUGAACAUGCCAGGCAAAGCAAGAACAUCUCCAGGUGGCGAACGCUCGUAAAAAAAAAUUACGCAAUGAACCUUAAACAUUUUUAUCUUCACGUAUGUUGCAUAAGUGUUGCCUUCCCGGUCCGUUGGUCCACUGUGGGCUCUACUGUCUAUGCUCUUGAAUGUGCGGCUACAUUUAAUUUAUUUUAUACUUAUCUGUUGCUUUCACCAAAUAUGCCAUUUUAUUUUUGUUCUUUUCCUGUAUUCAUAUUAUUCAAAGUUAACGCCUUAUUUAGCUCAUAUGUUUUGUAUAGUGGCUCUGUUACUUGUCCAUAUAUUGCUACAUUUAUGUCUUGUAUUCGUAAUGUGUGUUGUCUUAAAGAAGCUAUACCGCAGAGACGCUAAGGUACCACCACUGUUCGAAUCGAGUCAAUCAUUUCCCCUAUAAGCACAAACAGUUAGAAAUAGCUGUUCUUUUCAGUGCCUCGAAAACCUAGCCUAUGUAUUUUGUUUGUAUUAGGCUUCAAUUUAACUCUGCCAGUGUCAAUGGGCCAUUCGUGUAGGGAGUGUUGGCGUGUUCACGAAAAAUGCAAUGUCUUUUCAAAUUUCUGUUUCGACUCAGGCUGAUAUUUUAAGGCAAUCUUUCGGUCAUGAUAUCGCUGAAGUAUACUGUAUUAUUUUCAGUUGUCAAUACCAUAUAGUAUAGUGUAGUAAGUAAACACAGUAGUAGUGAAAAGUAAUGAUGUACAAAAGUAAAAUACUAUACCUAAGAACAAUCUUUAGGUAUCUGAAAUAGCGUAUUCUGUGUAUUUUAUUUCAAUUUAGGUUUAUUCUGUGGUGUUUGUGGUUUGUGUAAAUUCAAAUGCAACAAAGGCUACGUUCAGACUGCAGGGCUUAAUGCUCAAUUCGGAUUUUUUGUGAUAUCUGAUUUUUUUUUUUUUGCAAGGUCAUUCACAUUUUCAAUUAAAUGUGACUUGUAUGUGAUCUCCAGUGGGAACUUUAAACGCCCCAAAAGUGUCCCGCAUCCGCAUUGGAGGACACAACGACGUCACACGCAGCGAGUGUGCUCAGUGUUUAAGAAAGUCGCCUAAAGGCAGAGCUUGUCUCAUGAAAUAUGGUCCAGUUCUUUGUAAAAUGGACAGUUUACACGUCCACGGCCGCUUCAUGUGUUUGACUCUUUAGCCUCCUUGUAUUUGGCUCGCAGGCUCUUUAUUAUUUCGUUGACAUUGGAGCCAAGACCGCGUGUAGCUGCGCUCGGCCAUGUCCUUGGCAAUCAUUUCAAAAACCGCCCGGUUCCAAUAAGAAUACAGCGAUCUCCCCAAAUAGUUAUACUUUAUUUAUUUAAUGAGACAGGGACAGUGCACAAUCUACAUUAACCUUAACAGGAGAGAUGCAUUGUACCAGGUUGUAGCACCAGUGCUUAUUUCCACCUGUUGUCCCUGGGCAGAUUAAUUGAUUGAAUUUAAUUGACCUUAGCUAUCAGCUGUUCUUCCUGGUGACCUAUUUAGCAUGCUUUGGGUACAUUAUUAAUAUAAUUAAUACAAAAUAUAUAUACAUUAACUCUCUAACCUCGCUUUCCCUCCAUUGUCCAGACUCUGAGCCUGCCCUGUAGGUGGGAUGAAUGUGACCUGACCGUUCAGACUGAAGUCGCAUGUCAAAAGAUUGAAUAUGUAUCUGUUUUAGGAGCACAUAUCCAAGUGGCCUGGGUCGCAUUUGAAAAAAAUCGGAUCUGUGUUGUUCAGACUGUCAUUAAAAGUUCAGAUACAGGUCACAUAGGGGCCAAAAAAUCGGAUUUGGGUCACUUCAGCCUGCAGCCUGAACGUAGCCAAAAUCUCCUCAAAAUUUCUACACAAAUCCAGUUUUCCCUGUCACUAAAAAUUAAAACAUUUUCUACAUUGAACCAUACAGUGUUAUCAUGACCAAAAUGAAUGUGAUUUAAAAUAUUUGUCUGACUACAUUGUAAAAUAUAUCUCGCCUCACCGAAAUGAUUCAGAAUAAUAGAGUGGAUUUAAUAGACUGGAUUAUUUUUUUUUGUUUCACAUUUAAAUAUUUAAUUGGUUGCAAGUAAUUUCGCGUUAAUUUAGCCAAUGGGUUAAGUGCAAUUUUCUUAGCCUGUUGAGAAGUUAAAAACAUUUUGAAACAAGUGAAAUGUCAGUCUAUUCAAAUGAGUAUUAAUAUUCUAAAUUCAAGUCAUUUUCAGCUUGUCCGUGUUUAUUUUAACAGUGUACCUCAUGAGGCCCUGAACUUGACUGCAGCUGAUAAUGGUCCAUUGAUAGAAGCUCUGAGGCAGUUUUCCAGUGCCACAUACUCCCUCAUUCCGUGUACGUUUUCUCUACAUUUUCUGGCUUGUUGUGUUGGAGGUGGUGACCUGCACUGUCCAGUUGUGGUCACCGUACCUUUGACUCCCAGUGUGGUCCAUGUUUUCUGCAGUGUGUGACAGCAGAUGUUCUGGAGAUGUUCUGAUGGUCACCUGGACAUGGUGUAAACUCAUUCAUGAUGUAUUUAUUGUACAGCGGUUGUCUCACAGUGUUGUCCUGACUGAUAAAGGCUGGCUUUGUUACUCCUCAAGACAAACGCAUUUGGUUCA